AUGGACCUACAUAAACAACUGGAGAAUACUGAGAGGAACUGGAAAGAAAAGAUGGAACUGCUGGAGAGAUUUGACAGUGAAAGGAAGGAGUGGGAAAGUCAAUGGAAGGUCAUGCAGAAGAAAAUAGAAGAGCUUUACCAGGAGGUAAAACUAAGGCGGGAGAAUAUGAAUGUCCAGGAUAAUAAGGCCAUUCAAAGCAAGAUGCUGCAGUUAUCUGUAUAUUCCCCUACUUCAGAAGGGAGUGACACAGCAGAACUGAACUGUCGACACAACUUGGCAAAUGACCGGAUGGAAGAAAAGAGUUUGCUCAGUACAGAACAAGAAUGUAAAGAAACUAGAACUCAGAGGAAAAACAAUGUUUUGUUAAGGAACAGUCUGGCCUUUGACAACCAGGAGAAACAUGAAGACCUCCUCAGCUUGAAAAUUAAAAAAGAUACCAGUAGUUAUGCUGGUGAUCUCAAUGCAGCUCUUAAAGAACUGGCAAAAGUUAGUGAAGAGUUAUGCAGCUAUCAAGAGGAAAUUCGAAAGAAGCCCAACCACAGAAGAAUGAAGUCACUUCCUUUUCUGGAAGAAUUUGAAGAAACCCAAAACAGUAUUAUGCCUGAGAUGAACUGCGUGUCCAGCAAUGAAUCACAAACUUCUUCCAUCACUUUGAAAACCGAAGGACAAAAUAACAGGAAGAACUUGAUGAGUACCAACAGGGGUUUGAAAGAUAUGCCUUGUAGCUCUUUUACUGGUGGAUAGAGGAAGAGACUUAUGCCCUGGCCAAAAAAAGAAGCCCCACCAGUUCCUCCACGGAGCACUUCUCGACAUCCAAGCUCAUUUUCUGCCGCUGUACACAUCUCUGAAGUACGUAAAGAUUCAGACAGCAGAAGCAACUGUAAGGUUCAGGAGGAUAGGAAUAGAAGGAAAUAUAUUAAUCCUUCUCUUGCAAAACAGAGUGAAGAUCCAGUGGCACAUGCAAAUGAAGGGAAGUCUGUGAAAGAUGGUGCAGUGGUAACUGCUUCAGUACCUAUAGCCAAAAAAGAGGAGAGUCUCUGAGUGCAGUGUAGCAGCAGGUUUUGUCACAACACAUGGUCAUGUGAUGUGGGCAAGCUUGAAGGUACUCAGAAUGGAUCUUCCCCAUUGUCUGCCCAGAAAAGCUGUUCAGAUGGAAAUAUGGUGCAAACAGAGAAUGUGCACAGAAGACAUUGCCCUAAAUCUCAUAAUGUUUUACAUUAUGGUAAUGACUCCUGUGACCCUGCAAUGCUGCCAAAGAAGACCCAAAAAAAUGAAACGUUGGCAGCAAAGAUUGAUGAAUUUAACAGGACUGUUCAUACAGAUAAAUGCAAAAAAUCUUUGCAAGAAAAUCAGAAGCUUCAAACACCAACUGGAGAUCAUAAACACUGUGGCCCAGGGUGUGACUGGAUGAUUAACAAAACAGAAACUGUAAAUGCAUCUUAUGUUUCAAAUCGACUCUCUGCAGCAAAGAAACACGAUCCCUGCAAUCCAACCAAAGCUGCCAGAACAACAGGGCAACAAAAGCAAAUAAAUGGACUUCUAAGCACCAGUGGCUACUGGCAUAUGCUUCACGAACGUGAUUGGAGACCAAUUAAUUUAUCUGGUCGCCCGCGUUCAGCUGACUCGAGGUCAAACUAUGGAGUUGUUGAAAAACUUUUGAAAAACUAUGAAAAAUCAACAGUGACAUCUUUAUAUAAUUCUAAAUGCUGCAAAGAUAAGGGGACACAGUCAGAUUCUGAGUUCACAGAUGGGAGUUGUGAGACAUUGAGUGGGUAUUUAGAAAUGUUCCAGACAGAGCAAAGAAAGCAAGAGUUUCAGAGGAAUUCAGCCAGGCGUGUUGGGCAGCAAGUCAAACAAGGCAAAGAGAGACAGAAGUUACCAGAGAUAUCUGUGCCAGCUAAAUGUUCAACUGGGAAAGGCUUCUCCCGGCCAGCGCGGCCAGCAAAUCGACGCUUACCUUCCAGGUGGGCAUCCAGAUCACCUUCAGCACCACCUGCUGCACACAGUUAUUCUCUCUCACUUCAGUCAGAGACAGCAGUAGUCUGAACUCAAGGAUGAAUUUGAUGCUGUUGUGAAAUGUGAAAGCUCUGCGCCUCUUUAUAACUGUGUGUUCUCUGAUUGUGAUAGCACCCAGUUCUACACUGUUGUGUAUCGUCCAAAUAAUCCAGUUACUUGACUUACUGGGCAAAACAUUUUCAAUCUCAGAUCAUCAUUGCAGUCUUCAGUGUUUUUAUUGAUGAAAUAAUUAUAUCCCUCGUUUUCUUUCUGUCUUUCUCUUUCUUCUUUCUUUCUUUUUCUUUCUUUUUUCUUUUCUUUCUUUUCUUUUUCUUUUUCUUUUCUUUUCUUAUUCUUUUUCUCUUUUUUUUUCUUCUUUCUUUCCUAAUGGCUCAUAAAGAAUUACUUUUGAAUGACAGCCUCCUUGGUUUGCCAGUCUAUUUUGAGUUGAUACAAUGUAUAGUUCUGUAUAUUCUGACUUUUCUGCAAACAGCAGAAAGUAAAGCUGUAUGCAUGAUCAUGUGUUUGUAGGUGCAUGUGUUGGAAUAGGAAGUAUACAGGUCUGUAUUUAGAAGAGACAAACUCUGUGCUAGUAUGACACUGAAAUUACAACAUAUAUGCCUAUAUAUACUUCGUGUUUAUUUAAAAUUUUUGAAAAUAUAAAGUCCUGAUGACAUUUAUAUUUUGUACAUCUUUUAUAUAGGUUCACAGGUAUAGUGAAUACACUUUUUUGACUAUAGUUGCAGCGACAAGGGCUUGCACAAUAUGUAUCAGAAGCAGACAAGCUCAGUGGAUUCCUCAGACAUGCUUGAUGGCAUACUUUCUGGUUUUUCAACCCUUACGAUGCUAGGGUCAAUAUAGCUGGGCAUAUUUUUUCUGAAUUAAAAUACUGUAUGAUUAGUACUAUAUUAGCCUUUUUCAUCACCUGAGAUACUCCUAUAACAUUCUGCUGCCUUAAAAUGCUUUAUACUUGCCAUUUAAUAUAACCUACUGUAGGGAAUUAACUCCUAUAGUUUCAGCUAUAUAGUAAAUAUACAGUUUAUGGAGGAAAGAAAAGGAUGGUAAGCAUGGUAAUUCUUUCAAAUUUGUUUUCUUUAAACAUUGUAUUAAAAGUAUAGCUACAUCAAGAAAUUUAACCUGUUUACUUUCAGUGAAAGCAGGAGAAUAAGGAAUGCUAUGAUUACCAAUGCUGUAGUUAGGCUUUCUUACGUUGAUACUGGACUUCAUAGAGUAUAAGCCAACAGCUAACUUACUGCUCCUGUGAAUGGUAUAGUGGCAGUCAAUGAAGUUUACUUGCAUUUUGGCAACAGUCUACAUACAGUACAUAAAUAUUGCCUCAGGAGCUGAAGGAGAUAUGAUCAUUGCGGUGCCAGGAAUCCUAGACUGAUGGCAUUAGAAGUAUGUUUUUGCCCUCAUCUGUCUGUAUAUUAUUGGCCAUUAGAAUGCUGUGUGUGUAGGCUGGCUUAUUCCCUUCCCACCUUUUGAAUGAAAUAUUGACACUA